CGAGAGUCGCAAGUGAGUCGCAGCGGCGUAACCGCGGGCAUCUACCUUGCCUUAACGGAUGGUCUCAGUCAAGUCACUCGCCUCGUUUGCAGCCUCGAGGAGAUGAAUGUCAGUUGUGAAGAAUGCCUAGCCAAGAGCUAUUCCCAAAGAAUGUGAAAGUUCAAUUAAACAUUAAAUGGAACGACUUACAAAGUUCAUUCGUCUACUAAAUUUUGCCUAGGAAGAACUAAUCAUAUCAUUGCCUCGAUUCUAGAUUAAGUUGAUUGAGCAUGCUGCACAUUCAUGCAUUACGCGUUUCCACACCACGUUGCUUGGGUAGGCUGUAGCUGCAGGGAGAACCUCUUAUCUCGGAACUCGCCUUCACGUACGUCGUCUCUGGCAUCCAUGCCAAAUCUAAUGAUUUUGUUCCACGUUUAGGGCAUAAUUUUAGGGCCUCUCUCGAAUAUGACGCAGCAUCAGCCUGAGGCAGCACCACUUUCACUCGUCCUAUCUACGCUGGUAACGUCAUCUCCACUGUUGGUGCCUUCCUCAAGCUCUUCACUAUGCACUCUGCGCAUUUAUGGCUGCGGAGUAGGAGAUGCAGCGGACAUCGAAGUCAAACCCUCGAUCCUGUCGGGGGUUCUGAUAAGCACACCCACGAAACAUAUGAACGCACCUGACGAAAUCUGAUCGAUCUGAAUCAAUAGGCGUUGCUGGCCACAUUGAUGUUUCUUAGGGGCGAGGCAUCAGGAAUCCUAGCAUGUGCUGGAAAACGUCUAAACACGUGUUUCUGGUGGUUUGUUCGCACGGUCCUUGGCCAUUGUACCUGCUGGAAACGCACGGGCACGGGUAACACCGCUGUUCUAUACUGAUGGGUUUGGAGGGUGCGGGUGUGGUGUAGGAUAGUCGUACCCUUGAGCAUAUAUACCGUGACCGCGGGUUAGCGGUGUUUGGGCACUCGGAACACUGCUAUCAUAUCAUAUGAUUAAUUGAUUCUCCGUGUUGCCUUUCUCU